AAAUGCAAUAAUCGCAGUUUUGUGUGUCUUUCUUCCACUCGCAGAUUAACGCUUCAGCUGUGCUGCGGAAUACUGCUGCUGUGUGUAGUAUCUGGCCAGCAGUACAAGCAGCAAUCGGCCUCACCUUCAUCCUCCUUGACAUCUUCGGCGACCUCCUCCGACACCGUUCCAGCGGCGGCUAAUAACGUUGCGUACCGGGCCCGACCCUACUCGAACCAGUACAGCAGCAGUUCCUCGGAGGAAGAGGAAGAUGAUCGACCAGUCGCAUCUUACAACAGUGGUCGUCAGCAGCAACAGCAGCAGGGUAACACACUGAAGAAGAGCUUCAAGAAGCCGUCCUACUCGAGCGAAGAGCUGGAGCAGGAAGAGGAACCGGACCGACUGACGCUGCUGCUCGAAAAGUCUCAGUUCCAGUGUACGGGCCGCACGACCGGCUACUACGCUGACGAGAGUCUUGGCUGCGAGGUGUUCCACUACUGUCAGGAGAACCAGAAGCACUCGUGGAUCUGCCCCGAGGGUUUCACGUUCCACCAGGUGCACCUGAUCUGCAUGCCGCCGUCCGGUGACAACAUCUGUGAACAGUCGUCCAAGUAUCACUUCGUCAACGAUUACCUCUACAAGCCGAUCAACAUGGAGGAGCAUAUGACCAAGCCUAACGUUACACUAAGGUAUUCGGAGCGUUAUUACCCGGAGAACUUCUACGUUGACGAGCGUCACUAUGAUGAGGAACGCGUUUUGCGUCAGCACGAGGAACGCCACCAACCCCAGCAGCCAAUCAAGCAAACCUACCACCACCAGCCACAGCAGCAGACGAUCCGCAAGCAGCCGGUCUAUGCCACGACACCGUCGUCCUACCGGUUGCCAUCCUCUCCCCAGCCUACCCACAGUGUGUACCGUUCACCGGACGAGAUUAACAUCUCUCUGCAGCAACGACGACCUGCAGCCCAGCCCGGCUCCUACAUCCAGUCGACCACACCACGCUACGAGGACGAACCCGAGUACGAUAGCUACGAGCGGAAGUAACU